CCGCUACGCGGCGCUAUAUAAUCUUCGCGUACGACUACGACAAGUACGAGGCAUUUGAUCGUUCGCGCCACUGUCGAGCUAUAUGUAGCUGCACACAGUACGUACGUGCACGUACAUCUACGACGAACAUACAUGGUCACGUAUGCGACGGGCUACAUUGUGUACUUGAUGACACUUUCGAAAGCUAGCUGAAUCCACUGCAAAUUGAGAGCUUCUAAAAUGUAUAGAGUGCACCAGCAGGCAGGUGGGCUGUAUAAUGGAUAGCAAGACAUCAACCGUUGUCGUGUGGGAAGGACGACAGUUAGUGCACGGCUUAUGAUGCCAUCAGCAGGAUGAUGGGCUGGACGCGGUUACUGUUGAACGCCCACAUCAGAAUGGGGCGAUACAGUGUGAAGGUCAAGACGCUGCUUGUGUUGUGGAUGCUGUGUUUCAUUGGGCUGUGGGUGAUGUACUUCAGAUACGGCGACCCUGAAACGUGCAGUGGAGAACAGGCCAGGACAUUUGUAUGUGAUAACUACGACAAAGGCGUUGUGGCUGGCUCCAUGUGCGAAGAACUCUGCAAGCAGACGAAAGUGACGCUCGAUGGCUGUCUAGCCCAGGAUACAUUUCACCAGGCAUUCACAGGUACACUGAAGAAACCACCAAAACAAAGAAAGAAUAUUGAUGAACCCCUGUACAUCAAGCAGCUCUUGAAUCCUCAGCGGGAAGGGUUCAACAAGCCUGCCUCUGGUAGCUCCAUGGAGGACCUGCGCAUCAUGAUCUCGGCCAACCUUAAGCGCCAUCUGGGUGACGCUAUCAACCUGGACAGAGUCCAGUCCCGAAUACUCAACCUCGCUGACAGCAAUAAUGAUGGUAAGGUCUCGCUGCCGGAGGCCCGCUCCAUCUGGUCCCUCCUUCAGGCCAAAGAGUUUCUGAUGAUGAUGGUCCUCGGUGAGAGCGACUACAUUCCACGCCUCCUGGGAUUCUGCGGCAACAUGUACAUCAUGGAGGGCAUUCACGCCUUCAGGCUGUAUGGUGCAGAGUUCCCGCCAUUUGUCGACUUUGUUUUGCCAAAUUCAGCCCAAAGGUUUUUUCAAAGAAAGAUUGCCCCGCCCUGGACAGACAGGGCUCAUAUUGUUGUUGGAUUGUUGGAAUUUGUUGAGGAAAUCAUGGAAGGGCCAGCGGGCAAUCUUUACAUGUGCCAUGUAAAUGAAAUGGGGAUUGGGUACACGGCGUAUAGCGACGUGAAGAUCCUGCGAUUGGACGGCGUGCUGACCGAGCAGGCUGUACAGAGCAGCCUGCGGGACCGGACGUGCUUUGGGGACGGCGACUGCUUGCUCGGGGAGAACUGCCGCUCCCCGUGUGACAAGUUAACGGGGAGAUGCACGGGUGAGAUGAUGCAACCAAACCUCCAGCGCGUCUGCCAUAUGCUAAGCGCUUACCUCCUGGACGAUUCGCCGUAUGAAAUCCUCCAAGAGCUCCAAGAUCUCCUGAGCAAGUGCGAGGAUUUGAAGUUUGGCAGCAAAAAUAUGAACAUGGACCAUUCCCUGGUUCUCAACAACCUCAAGUCGUUGCUGUGGAAACAGGUGUCACAUCUCAAGAAAUUCUCCAAGACAUCAAGGACAUAGUUGCAAUUCACAUCCUACAUCGGCCCUCUCUUUGUUGGUCAAAUUGAAUGCCAGUAUUGAAUAUCUUCAGUGAGUUUCUUGGCUGUGCUUACAUCAGCCCCCUGUUUGUCAUGGUCUUUAUUUGUUUUCAAAGUUUCACCACAGGAACCAAUUUGGCCUCAAGGGGCUAUCUAAUGUACCGAUACCUAUAGCAACAUUCAAAUGAUACCGUGUUAUGCUGGACACUUUCGUCUUCGGGAUAUAAGUACAUGUACAUGAAACCAAAGUCUGAAAUCCAUGCUGAUGGCUAGUAAAGUAUCACGCCUUAGCACACAAUGAUUCAGUCUUCGUUUAAGCUACCAUAGCUGUAUUCCUUUAUGAGGAACCUACAUGUAUUGUGUGAUGUGACUGAGACUUUCAUUUGAACUGUUUUUGUGGUAUGGCGCAAGUGUAAAUGCAAGCCAACAAGUACACAGUUGUAAAAUGUUGAACUUCAUACAUCCAGCUGUAUACUGUAUAGUUGUGGUUUGGUACCAAAGAAAAUGGAAAGCUUGCAGUAGCCAGAUGCCACAUUUUGGAACCGUGAACCUGUGUGUUAACAGCAUGCAAAUUUUGCAGCUCUCUGUAGAAUUUCGUACAUGGUGCACAUGUACAAAAGGUCGUUUGAGUUCUUUCCAAGAAAGAGCUUGAUCUGUGUACUUAAGGAAGUAAGAAGUAAGAUUAAUCUUUUGAGACGAUUUGCCUGCACAAUGGUGAGACUGUUUGUGGGCACAUUUAUACAUCAAAGCGACUGGCGGAUGCUAGCAUGGAUUUAUUAGUUUCAACUUAUUAAGCGGGUGUUGAUCAUGCAUAACAAAAUAUUUAUUUUUAGUCAUGUUUAUAUACAUAGAAGAAAUGUUGUCUGUACAUAUUGAAGCUUUUACCAAAUUAUAUGAGGUAUGAAUCUAAGAGUUGGAAAUACCAAUCCCCUGUGUACCGUAUUUUGAGCAGGUUUUGCUUACUGCUUGCACAACCACACAGAUGUGUCACACCACAUCACAGCACCUGCUUUCAAAAGUCUUUCUAGACCCUAUUUGACAACUGUGUCUGACGUAUUCAUGAAUUCCUCAAGUCAGCUUGAUGUACAGGCGGCCAUAUUUUCCAUGUACAUGUACGUACAUUGUACAUGUACACACACACAUGUAAGUCCUUUUCGAUUUCCACACAACUCGCUGAUUUAAUCUUUGCCCUUUGGAGCCUUCCCCUAGCCCCAAGCCAGUAUUACUAAAAGGAAAUUCUCAGCUUCUAUUCAUGUUCUGCUGCUUAAGUAUGGUAAUGCACUCUGUGUUUAGCAAGGGCACUUUCAUUCAAGACAAGCUUUCAUGCUUGUGCAGUUAAGUAUUUAUUGGCUGUUGUAAAAGCGCAAGUAGCAAGAAGUGAUUUAGAAGCGCUUCGUAUACCGGUGCAGCUCAGACGUCUGGGUUUGUGGCACAGCAAACCCGACUUUUGAAACUCGACCUUGUAUUUAAUAUGUUGUAUGUAAUCAUUUUUGACUAAUAAAGAUGACCGUAAAGUUAGUUGGAUAUUGUUUGAUAAUGUCUGAUUUUCCUCAACACAGUGAACAUUCGAUGUACAAACCUAUGGGAAUGUCCAUUGUCAAGAAAAACAUUCAGACAUUUGCUGUACAUGUACAAACCAAUGUGAAUGUCCAAUGUAUAAAUGUCCAACUGACUUUACUGUCAUCUAAUAAAGAUAACAUCCUAACCGUCCUCGCUAUGUUCCUUUACCUACAACAAGGGAUUCUGAAAUUCUCAUUAAAUACAUUUGCAUGUAGAUCAACUUGUAAAUCUACAGUGUACAGUUCGUAUAAAUUUAUUAUGUACAUGUACAUACAUGUACAUGUACAUCACACACAGGCUCUUUAAUGUGGAGUAUGUAUUUGAAGUUAGUGCUGUUAUGCUUAUUCUUGGUGGUGUUGUGUGUAAUGACAUGCAUUUUACCAGUACAUGUACAUACAUGUACAUGUACCUGUGCAUGUAAUAUGAUAUUGCACAUGCACUUGUGGUAUUGAACACUGUGUAGUGUAAAUGUUGACUGAUGCUGUGAACUUUCAUACAAUCAUGCGCUGACACGUAAUGUGCACGAAUAUUUUGCUACAUACAUUUUGUUCAUGCCUCUUACGAUUGAACUUACUUGACAAAUUCACCUUGCUGGCCAUUUAUUUUUCUCCUCAUUUUCAUGAGUAUGCAACCUGUUUGGAAUUACAGGACCAUGUGCUUACCUUCAAGAAAAAGAAAGAAAAUGGCAAUACUCUGUCGAAAACAGAAUUUUUCACUUCAAUCUCCUUUCUUAAGGAAGGUAGAGAAGGUGGGUUUUUGAACGCUUACAGUGAUGAAGCAAAAAUGGGAAUGGGCCUUAUACUAGAAAGCCCAAGUGCAGUGGCCUGAGCGUGUUGUCACUUCCUGCAGUCCUCGUCACAGAAUAGGACUGGUGAACACAGAAAGCUGCAAUGUUCUCUCAUUUCACCCUAUGUGCUAUUGUUCAAUCACCCUUGAGGGAUGUGUAAUUACUAGAAUUUUUUUUAUGUUCAGCCAUUUAUAUUUAUUGCCGAUUUGCUCACUACGUCCAUGGAUUGUUUGACUCUUUUUCUUAUCCAAGUCCUUAUUGUAGAAUACAUGUACCUUUACAUUAACAUGAACAUACAUGUACCCACGCUCCCACUGGCGGCUCAACAUAUCUGUUGACAAGGCAAAUUGCCUUGACGAGUUAAUUGCAGUUGGCAGGGAACCUACUGGUGCACCAUAAUGUUAAUGGACAUAUGGUGAUCUAUGAGAGGCAGGAGUAUACUUGCCGAACAUUUUCCUUUGUGUAGUGAAUACCGUAGCAUUAGACCUGUUAUUGGAAUCCCCAAAUAUCACCAUGAGAUCUUCACAAUGGAGUUGUGGUACUAAUAGUGUGGAGGUCUAUAGCGUGGCAUGUAUGGCACGUACUUCCAUUACGGAGGGCAAUUUUCUCUAACUGUGGUCCAAGUUUUUUUCAUCCAUAAAAAGUCUACACACCCCCCCUUCAGGUGGUGGUACCUUUUUUUGAAGUGCAAGCAAUUUCGGUACCCAUAAGAAAGGUCAGCAAUAUGUCUCUGGGGGAGGGGCAAGUACCCCCUUUAAUAUGCUACUGAUUACUGAAGAGGAGCCAAGUGGAGUUUUUGUUGGAGUGAAGUGCCGUGUGCAGUUCCUUUUUGCACUCAAGAAUUAUGCACAAAAUAACUGCAUGUACUGUACAUGUACAUGUACACCUACCUACAUGUACACUUACCUACAUGUUC